AUGGCUGCUGCAGAGCGAAAGAUCAUCGUCGGUAUCGACUACGGAACCACCAAGACUUGUGUGGCGUACGCACUAUGGGACCCGAACAAUCCGGCGAGAACCGGGGCCACCACAAUGGACUGGAAUGGGAACCCAAGCACACCGUCAAAGCUUGCAUAUGGCCAGAACGAGAGAGUCUUCUGGGGUCGCGAUGCAGAGACUGUGGUGCCCGGAUACACCUGGAGCAAGGUUCUGCUCGACCCUGAGCAACACCAUGACGGCCACCAGACCGGGGUAUUGUCCAGCCUCGUAAGGAACGGGGUUCUGCGUCUGGGCCCACCGCGAAAGCAAGAGCGCGUUAUCGUUGACUUCCUGGGGGCGUUGCGCAUCCAGAUCAGCACAGCUCUGGAAAAUACGUACCAAACCCUACCACCGGUCGAAUGGCGGUUCAGUAUUCCAGCGGUAUGGGAUCAACAACCUCGACAGCGGAUGAUAACGGUCAUCACUGAGGCUGGCUACCUCUCUGACCCAUUGCACUCUGUCUUUUUAAUCACCGAGGCGGAGGCUGCGGCGAUUUCCACCUUUCACCGCGCGCCCAACCUUCAGUUCUACCAGGAAUUCAGGUUCCUCGUCUGCGACUGUGGAGGGGGGACAUCGGAUAUCACCGCAAUGUCCGUCCAGAACAGGGUUUCCGGCCUCCAGUAUACCCAGAUAGCAGCCAGUACUGGUAUGCGCAUUGGGGGAGCUGAGGUGGACUGCAAGCUGCUUGAGUUACUGGAAGCAGAGCACCGCGCGCAGGGCACCACGUUCGCCGAUAUGAUGGCAGACCCUCUUAAUGUUGCCAAUGUGAUGGGUUCCAUUGAGCAGGUGAAGGUUAACUUUUCUGGGUGUGAACAACGCAUCCUCGACCUCCCAACUGGCCAGGUGGUCCUGAGCCCCGAGAAAAUCAAGCAGGCGUUGGACCCAGUUGUGGAACAGAUUAUAAUUCUCGUUAUACGCACGAUCAACGCGGCCACGAAGUAUCACCAGCCGUUGAACUUGGAUAGGGUGCUCCUCGAGGGAGGGUUCGGGCAGUCUCCAUAUCUGAGGGCCAGACUAAAGCAACGGCUUGAUGGACUCUGCCCGCUGGAGGAACACAACCAGUACUGGGCACCCUCCGUUGCGUACGGCGCGACCCUAAGCGGGCUUGAAGCCGCGCGACGUGUGAGUGCCUUGUGUACUCGUCAUUUCGGUCUACAGUCUGUGUGCGUGCCACCCGUUGGUACAAUUGGCGGCGUGACGCAGCACGUUCCUUGCUGGAUCCUCAAAAGGGUCUGCACAUAUCAUCCCCUGAACAUCCUAGUCGACCCCCAACUAACCCAACCACAGAACGAAAGGCUCCAGGAGGGCCGUCAUGGAAGCGUGGAUAUUACACUUACUCAUCAAGAAAACGACUCUCUCGCAAAGGGAAUUAUGGUCAUUGCAGCCGAGCGCUGCGACAUGCCUCCGGAGGUGAUCGGCCAGCCCAUUAUAGCAAUGGGCAUGAUUCCCUGUCAUUUGAACCAGGUAACUCUGGCCAAUGCGGGCCAGUUUCCAAUCGACGGCCGAGUGCACUACUUCCCCACGGUCACCGUCCAUUGGAACAUAGCGAGUCUGAAUGAUGGUAGGAAGGAAGUCAACUUCAACGUGACAGCGUUUGGACGGGCACUUGGGAAUGAUUCAGUUAUUGUUCCGUCGUGA